AUCGGUAAAGACCGGUCAUAUACUUGGUACAGCCAUUAGAGAUGGAGUUAUCAAGGCAGAGAGAAAUUUGAGCCCUACCUACUUUUUAGCUGUCCGACUUUUCAUCCACAUGGCCAUGUUAUUUGGUCCGACACGGCAGAUCAACGCUAUUAUAAAACCUGAACUGAAAGACACGUCUGUAUCAGAUUUCUUGUUAGAUCACAUCAAAGUAAACAUAGCUGACCUACAGAAAUCUCUGAACCGCAGUGCAGAUGAUGUCAUUCUACUCAUGCACAUGGUUAUAAACAAUAUGCGGAACGAAACAAUAGUACCAACCUCGGUAGCACGUCUGUCAACACAAGCAGAUAGAUUUACGUGGGAGCAGACCGUUUUUGCGGAAAUUUUGAAUCCAAUUCUCGGGAAUGUAGCUCGAUGCCUCGAGGAAUGGUAUCCCCGGUUAGCUACUGACAAAAGACUUGGCGCAGAUCGACUGAUGUGCCUCAUAUACGAAACUGACCGUAGUCAAGACGUGGAGGACACCAAUCAGCUGCUGGAUAUCCCAAGGAUGUGGCGGUUCCGAACACCAAUCACCAUUGAGCACAUGGCGCGAGAACUUGAAUCAAAAUGUCAAGACGGCAAUAAUUCAUAUUUUAUCCUUCAGAACUUCUUGCACGAGGACUGCUUGCUGCAGGCCCUCAGAUAUAUACCAAAUAUUCUCCGUCUUCAACGAGCUCUACUCCAGAAAUACCAGAAGAAACUCGACAAAACUGAAGCAAACGCGAUCAAAGUAAAAGAUUUGAAGAAAGAGCGCGUAGCAGGGCAUGACACUGAUCGAUGGAUACACGAUUUCGCAUGUGCAUGGGAGAUCACACGAAAAUCAUUGGAACAAUACGGUUGCCCUACACAAUUUGGAUUAAUGUUUGUACCGAAAGUGUUUUGCAACCAAACUAUACAUGAUGAAACGCCACUAGCACUGUUCCUUCCGUCAACUAGUGGUGCUGGGCUAUGUUCGUAUGCUAUGCUGGAUUGUCUUUUUAGAAAACAAAACGAUUUUCUACACAACUUCGCCCUGAAAUCCGGAAAACAGGACAUAGAUCAAUCUAUCGUCAAACCAAUGUCUGUCACCUCCGCACAUCUGAUCAGCUACGACCAUGAACAAGACCUUAUGCCCCUGGUGUUGGCCAACUGUCAGUACUCCGUCGAGAUGGGCGUCGGGACCAAGAUUGAGUAUGACUUUGCUGGCAUUGAGAGACAGCUCAUAGACAGGUUUAUCUGCUCGAAAUCAAGAAUUGAGUUGACCUGUUUUCUAGAGAUCGACCAAAUGGUCUAUAGAUCUGAGGUGACAACUCAUAGCGUUUUAAAGGAACUUUCAGAAAAAAUACCGCAGGUACACUUGCUUGGAUCGGUGCGAACUCAAAUUUGCGAAGAACUAAGAAGGCAACCUGAUGUCUGCAGAUCAUUGGAUAAUCUUGACAUUGCAAUCAGCUUUCUAAAAACAAGUGGAGGAAAUCCCACAGAAAGACUGGACACAUUUAUGACAAAUAAAUUGAAGCUCGAAAAUGCAAUGCUAAGUCAAAAGGCUCGCCAGUCGUGUGAGCUGCAGCAUACCAGGUCAUUGUGGUUGUUGUUGUUGCUGCAAAAAUCAAAGCUGCAAAUAGAACAAAGACAAACAACAGAGGGAGUUUUUGAGACAUUACAACAUAAUAUGGUUGCGAAUUUAGAUGGCGAUGUAAAAAAAUGUUUCAAUGAUUACCUAACCACCCUCAGUGUUGACAAACUGUCAAUCAUUCUUGAUGUGAUGCACGAGUUCCUGUUACUCAAUGUGUCCAUUCGCCAAAACAUUUACGACGAGGACUACAUUGACACAAGCUCUUACAGUUUCCUUGAUGGCCUGCGGGAAUAUAUUGCUGCGAGUGAACCGCAACUGGUGAUAGAUGAUGCGACUUUGGAUGGCUUUCCCCCAAAAGUACUUUACAAACAUGGUGCAAACGCCUGGGUAUUGGCCUACGAAAUGCUGAAAAAGAAAAUAGAAAAUAAACGUCGGCACUAAAACUAAACAUUUGCGCUGUAGUUCCUGCACCAUGUGUGAAAUACGGGGCAAUAGAAAAUUAACGCUUAUUUAACUGAACCAUAAGGACCUUUUUACAUUAAACAGUCAUAUGCUUAUUAGUUUUUAUAUGCCUUUUUGGGCAUGUUGGGUUUUCGCACAAUUUCUUGACUUGUAUGAAUAUGAAUGUAAUUUAUACAAAUGGUUCUUGCGUUUAAAACAGGUUUGUGUCAUAUGUGUGCAUUGAGAUAUAAGAAAAUCGGUGAAAUCGUGUUUGGCUUAUGAGGUGGUACUUUUAUGUACUUGUCGCUAUCGUCAUAUUUAGAUUCUUUAUUCUAUUCAAUGAUCCAUUUCGAGGGUUUGAUAUUGUUCCAACUCUGUGUGAAACGUAUUUUCAUUCCAUUAGCAAUUAAGGAGUCCUUAGAGCUACUGUACAUUGAAUAACAUCUGGUAUAUACAUAUGUUAUUGAUGAUGCAUUGGUUUCAUAAGAGCUUCGAGAUGCUGAAGAAAUUUAAUCAGAAUUAAGAAAUAUUAGAACAAUAUAUUUGUUUCACUAGCCAUAGCCAAACGGAGACCUUUAUACAACAUCACUUGUUCGAUGUAAUAGAACAAACAGCGUGUGUAUAUUAAACGACGAAAUUCACCAAACAAGUUGUAAAUACCACUUUUACGUGUAAUUGUAAAGUUUAUAUGUGUAUUAAGUGGUGAUAAUGAUCAUCAGUACUUUGAUGGUAUAUGUUUUAUUCAUUAAACUACUUCAUUUUAGUACAAUUAUUGGCCACAUGGCAACUGCAUAUUAUCUGAUAUUCACUGGUAAAAGGCAUAUUGACAUAGGCCCAGCCGUCAAUUAAUGUUGUAUUUUCUGACUUUUAUCAAAGGAGAACUUUUCAGACGUUUUAAUGAAAAACCCCGUCUACGUUUGCAACCACGUUAUAUGUUUCGUCUAACAGGGGUAAUACUGACAGGUUGUUAAGACUAAAAAAAUGAUACGCCUUGCAAACAACCUUUAUAUAAUAUUUUAUAGGAACACAGUAGAUCAUUAUGGCAUAAUGACACACAUCAUUUUCGAUUUAAAGUGAUGAUAUAUAUUUGAUUAAUAAUAGUUUUUUUGUAAUGUCGACCUGGUAUUUUUUACAAUUAAACCAGAUAACGGUAAUAUGUACAGUAUUGCUUUCAACGUUGCAUCAUGCAUAAAGGUGCGAUAUUUUAAAUGUAAUUCCGUUUUAUAAGCAUAUUUAUUAUGGUUAUGUAUAGUUACAACCUCGCAGUUUUUUAUGUUUUGUUAAUGAGUUAUAAAACAUAAUAUAAAAUCGAGAGCAAUUUUAACACGUGCAAAAUCAAAAUAAAUAUAUAUUAUAUGAUGCAUGCGUAUAUACCUAUAUAUUAAAAUUAAGGUUAAAUCAAUAACUGCUUUCACAAUAAUUCAUUUAUAUAUAUAUAAUAUAUAAAUGUAUUGAAUGUGAUUUGUUUUCUUGUUUAUAUUGUGUUUUGCAUUAUUUUAAUAAAUUAAGUAUUAUGAUAGCUGCUAUUGAUUUAACCUUGAUGUUAAAGCAGAAACUAAGAAAACACACACAUAAGUUAAAGUCAUUACAAAGUAUUUGAUGAAUAAUUUUACCACUCCUAGUCUCUAUUAGUUUAGUAUGUUCAUAGCACGGUAUGUGUUAGUUUACAUAUAACGUGUAAUCUUUACUGUCGGCUUUUAAAAAUAUUUUAACAAACUGACCAUAUAUACUGUCUUGCUGCUAUUUGUUAUUACUAUGUAUUGUUAUUGUUCUGUUUGCUUUGUGUAUGUGUGUGUAUUCCCCCAUUAUUUGUAAUGUAAAAGAAUUAACUGACAUCCGUUGAUCGUAGACUAUGUAACAGGUUUUCGCAUGAAAACGUUUUACACUUAUAUAUUGUUUCAUGUUGUCAUUGUGCUUAAGGUGGUAAGUAAAAGUCCCGUAUGAAACAUAUUUAACGAGUUUAUUAAAGUGUGUUCAUGAAUAAACGGUCUUGUAUAGUAAUUUAUGUGAGCUAUAACUGUGUGUGUGUGUGUAUUUGUGUGUGUUUGCUAUUGUCAUGUAAAAAAAUUUAAUAUGUCUUUACGAUAUACACGUUAACGCUUAAUUUGCAUGAGUAUAUGUUGUUCUAAAAAUGAUACAAUUUUUAUUCAUGUAACAGUAUUGUAGUAAUAUACAGGGGUGAUUUCGGUUUUAUACGUUUCGUUGUUUUUUCUAUCUAUUGUUUCUUCCUUUUUUGCUUAAGUAUCCAUAAACAUUAUUGCAAUGUUUCCGUUGUCGAAGUAGGCCAUAAUUUAUUUGUGUACGUGUGCACAAAUAUGGUCAGUUCAUUGAAUUAAUGUGUAUUGUAGUACUAGUUUGACACCUUAAAUUAUUUUGUUCAGUUCCAACAUGUAUUUAUAUGUAUUUUAGUUGAUUUGAUUAAUGCUCGAUGUAUGAUGCGUAUAUUUCUUCCAAAUAUUAUUUUAUAAACGUACUAUAUGUUGUUUAUAUUUUUAAAAGUUGUAAUAAUUGUCUGAACAUAUUGCCGGAUAUGUAAUAGUUCUUUUUAUAUUCAAUAUAAGACAUACAAUGUAUACAUGUAUAUGAUCAUAAAACAGAGCGAUACCAUGUAGCAGCAAUAAUGUUCAAACAUGUUAUACAAGAUAUGCUAAUAAUUUUUUGUCCUUAUGGUUUCCUUUUGAUUAAACAGAAAAAGGUUUAUAUGUAUUGUUUUCGUUGGUCGUUUGUGAUUUUUAAGAAAGAAAAACAACAGAAUAAUUAUGAAUAAGGAUGAGUUGCAUAAAGUGGGUAGAAAGCAUACUGGACUUAUUAGGAAAGUUUAAUGUGUUUCCAUUUUUGUUCAAAUAGAUGAAGUGUAUCAUUGUUUAUGGCUAUUUUUUUCAAUUUGAAUCUUCAGUUUAAAAUGGAUAUGUAAUCGUAAUUCUUAGCAAUUUGACGAUUACGACAAAUUAUUUAAGUAUUGCGUUAUGCAUAUUUAUGUUCCAUACGAGUGCAAAUCGUUUUACGGUCUUGGCAAUCCCUAAUUUUGAAAAUGUAAAUGCAAAAUGACUUUAAUCAUUUGCUGAUUUCUGUUUCACUCGAGUCUAAAUGUGUAGAUUUAUUUUAUUGAUUAGGGCCAUGAAGGGCGAGCAGCAAAACAUUACUUUAAUAAUCAGCAAAAGCUAGUUUUGAUGAGAAUGCCAUGAGUCGGGAAAAAUAACCCGUGCACGUGUUGUUCUAUUAGGAUUAUGUGCUAUGGUGAACAACAUAUUAUAUUUACGCGUGUUCUUGUUGUCAUGACAUUGUUUUGCGUUUUAUAUAAGCGGUGAGUAUACUGUGGUGUGAAUGGCGAGAUACAGCCGUCAAUCAGCUGUAUUGCCGUAAUAUUUGUGUAAAAUCGCAAACGUCUGAUUUAAAACUUAUAUGGUGUUCAAUAGUUCAAUAGUUUACUGCAAGAUUUGCACGAUAAAAGAAUGUGAGUUUACGAUGCUUGAAAGUAUGUUAUGGAAUAAAAGUGACAAUAUUU